CGACGCUUACUUCCCAGUCGUCCCGCCUGCCCGUACCCAAGUUUCUUGCGGAAGCCAAAAAAGGUGGUCUCCGAGUACUACAAGAAGCAGAAUGAGCUCUUGGAAAAUUUCAAGAACGACAGUGAACAAAUUCUGGUUAGAUGUUUUCUUUUUGUUAUAUUUCCGUCCCAAACCACUUUCCUGAGGUCGGGUCGAGAAGUUUCUAUGUUCUUCGCCUGCUUUUCUGCUAUAGCAUCGUACUUAUCUGGAUCGUUGUCGAUUUUGUCGUCGUUGGUUGACUCCUGUGUUGACAUCACAUCUGGUCUCGUAAUCUCGAUUUCAACCCGAAUGAUCAAAAAAAGGGAUCCGUACCUCUACCCCCGAGGAAGGACGAGACUUGAACCGCUAUCACUGAUUAUCAUAAGUGUUGUGAUGGGAGUCGCUAGCGUUCAAUUGAUCGUCGGUGCGUGUGGUCGGAUAGCUGCAGCUUAUCAAUUUCAUGUACAUGGUAUUGGUGCGGAGCCGUUGCUGGACGUGUCGCUUACUUCUGCACUGAUUAUGGUUGGCACAGUAGUUGUAAAGUUCACGUUGUUUUGUAUAUGUCAGAAGUAUAAAUCCGAUCCAUCGAUAACUGUUCUUGCCAUGGAUCAUAGAAAUGACUGUUUGUCGAACACUGUAGCGCUUGCAUGUGCCUGGCUCGGUAAUAAGUUCUGGUAUUACCUUGAUCCGAUUGGUGCUAUUCUGGUGUCGAUCUAUAUUCUCUAUACAUGGGUGACUACUGGUUGGGAUCAUCUGUCCAAACUCAGUGGAAAGUCGGCGAAACCAGAAUUUAUUAAUCGCAUAAUCAAGGUUUGUAUAGAUCAUGAUCCUCGGAUUUCACAUCUUGACACCGUCUAUGUAUAUCAUUUUGGUACUAAAUUUUUAGUUGAAGUACAUAUAGUGUUAGACGAGAGCAUGCCCUUGAAAGUUGCACAUGAUAUUAGUGAAUCAUUCAAUGUGGUUUCAUGGCGGCUACCGUAUCCUUCCACUGAGAAUUCAAACCUUACCCCUUGUAGUGGGCGAUCGCAUGCGGCGAGUAUGACGCGAUGUCCGGGCAGUAGUUUCCGAACUUCUCUCUUUAGUACGUUGACGAGUGCAUAG